AUGUCUUCCCGGAACAGUCACGACUACGAAGGGGAGUCCUUCGAUGAUGCCCCUGAAUCGAUUCACAAUGAACAAAACCUGAAUGUCUCAAUCCCAACGUCCUCUUCGACACGAUCCUUAACUGAUAGUCCGGUCGUGGGGUCCAGCGUUUCUCCAGACAAUACCGAGAAACCUCAUUUGCCUUCUGAAUCGCAGGCCGAGCAGCAGGUGCAUGAGGAGAACGAGUCGAUACAACACACGCUGGACGAACCAAAUAACCAUAAACGCGAGAGCCUGGACCAAAAUGAGAGGUCGGAGGUCGAAGGACAAAACAAGGACGAAAUGGGUGCAGAGGAGUUUGACAAUUCAAAAGACGAGGAUGAUAAGACGCACCUGCAUGAAAAGACUGCAGCCUCCCCAGAGCCUGCCGAGUCUGAUUUGACGGAGGAUGGGCAUGAUACCCCUGGCCGCAACGUUGCUCAGAAGUCCCCCUUGCUCACCUCCCAUCGUCUCUCAUCUGCGUCAUCUCUUGACGAGGUCAAUCUUACGGCAAGCAAGGAAGAUGAGCCGAUCGAUAUCAAAGGCACGACCCCCGAGAUCAGGUCCGAACCUCCCGCGCUGCCUCCCAGAGAAGAGGAAAACAACACCCUGUCCGGUGGCCUGAUGGGGUUGUCCGGAGCUCUUCCACCAAUGCCAUGGGCAGCCCCUCCAGUCAACAAGAACCCUCCCCCGGUCGCUGCGCCACCCCUAUCACGGAAAUCAAGCAGUCCCUUCGCGUGGUUCCGAAGCUCGACUGGUGCCGCGAAAGAUACAAAGUCCCCUCCUACCGGAAGUCGCCGCAACACCGCCAGUUCUGUAUCGACCAUCGCCAGCAAGAUUGAUCAGGCCCGGUCUCACGACGGCGACGAUGGUGACGCUUCCAGCGUCAACUCAAAGAAACCGAGACGAAAUAGCCUUAAAGACCAGUUCAAGGCACUACGUAUGCGAGAAGACACACAUUGGGCGGAGCAUGAUGCGGCAAAUAUCCGACCAGCCAGCUUUGGUCAGUCUGGAGCCGGUCCAUCUCUCAUCCCAGAGGAGCAAGAAUCUGUUGUUCUUGAACCUCCUAUCUCCACCUCCGCAGCUACAUCACCAGGCGGUGCCACCACACCAUCAACCAUCAACCCUGGCUUGGCCCCCGGUACUGUUUCAGGAUUCUCUCGAUCUGCCACUGAUGCGUCUGCACCAGUAGACUGGGACUUGUGGCAGCAGCUCGUUAACAACGGGCCCCAGGCCAUCGCUUCCUCCGAGGAACUGAACGCGGCUAUCAAACGCGGCAUUCCGCAGACAAUUCGAGGCGUGAUAUGGCAGAUUCUUACUGAUUCUCGGGCUACAGAGCUGGAUGACGUAUACCGAGAUCUGGUCACAAGGGGCACAGACAAGGAGCGCCGGCCAUCAAACGGGACCCUAAAUGGCGUCCUCGAAGAAUCUGCGUCAUCUUCGCGAUCGUCCAUUCGGUCCGAGCACUCCGGCUCUGGGACGCAGUCCACGAGCGUCGCUCCCAGUCCCGGCCACGAAAUCGAUCCCGAGAAACUGUCAAAGGAGCAGGCUGCCGCCGAAAACGUCCGCGCAAAGAAGGCCAAGGACGAUGCGGCUUCGCUGCAGAAGCUGGAGAAGGCAAUUCGUCGAGACCUGGGUGCCCGGACAAGCUACUCCAAAUACUUUAUUUCCCAAGGCAAUCAGGAGAGUUUGUUCGGUCUGUGCAAGGCAUAUGCUCUGUAUGAUGAGGCCGUGGGCUACGCCCAAGGCAUGAACUUCAUCGUUAUGCCUUUACUAUUCAAUAUGGACGAGGUGGAAGCGUUCGAGCUUCUCGUGAAGCUGAUGAAUAAAUAUGGGCUGCGGGAGAUGUUCAUUGCCGACAUGCCCGGUCUGCACCGCAGUUUGUACCAGUUCGAGCGAUUGCUAGAAGACCUGGAGCCUGCAAUCUACUGCCACCUUCGACGCCGUGGCGUGCCGCCGCAAUUAUAUGCUACACAGUGGUUCCUGACGCUGUUUGCGUAUCGCUUCCCGCUGCAGCUGGUGCUACGGAUCUACGAUCUGAUCUUUGAAGAGGGUCUGGAGAGCACGAUCCUCAAGUUUGCUAUUGCAAUCAUGAGACGCAACGCUGAGGCACUGCUGGAAAUGAAAGACAUGAGCUCGCUCACUUCUUUCCUGAAGGAGCGACUUUUUGAUGCUUACAUCGAUAAACAGCCUUCGGCUUCAUCCAUCCUCGAGUCCGGCUUCUUUGGAAGCUCCGGAGCUGCAGACAAGGAGGUUUACAGAGCUGACAUUCUGGUCCAGGAUGCCUGCGCUGUACCCCUUACCCAGGCAACGAUUGACGCUUACACGGUCGAGUGGGAGGAAAAGACCCGAGCAGAGAAGGAACGCGAGGUCGAGUUGGAAACCUUACGACACAGUGUCGCAACGCUGACUGCUCGCGUGCGACUUCUUGAGGAACGUGCUGAAGCGUCCGAUAAGGAACACGUUCAGCUCGCGUCGGAGCUGGUGCACGUCAAGGUCGAGAACGAAGAGCUCCGUGAUCUCAACGAUGCUUUGAAGCUUCAGACCGCGGAACUGAAAAACGUGGUUGAUAAACAGCCCGCUGAAGUGGAAGAAAAGCUGCGCACCGAGAUGGAACGUAUCAUGAAGCGGAAUAUCGAGGUGCAGAACGAGAACCGGGCUAUGGAGGAAAAUAUGGCCGAGAUGGAGAAGGAACUGGUUGCCACAAAGAUGAAGUGGGCCGAGCUCUCCGAAAACCACGACAACCUCAAACAAAAGUGGAGCGAUCUCCGCCGAGCUCUCGAUUAA